CCCUCUUGCGGAAGUGGCUCGCGAUUCGUAUUGUUGACGAACAAAACGUGAGGUAGAGUCAAAUGGUUGGCAUGGCUGGAUGUUUUUAUAUUUAAUAUAAAUGUAAUGUUUCAGGCUGUCGUUUGUGCUUGUGACAAGUUGUUCAACCUUCCUCUUUUAGCCGUAUCUAAUUAUCUAGAUCAAGAAGUUGGGGUUAGUACCUCGCAAUUGUAUUCGAAUUUACUAUCUAUUCAGAGCUAUCAUGUCUAAACGGACAAGGUGGGACUCCAAGAAAGAAUUAAAUGAAUCGAAGAACUUGCCCAUCUAUCAGCAUAAGUCAAAGCUAAUACAAGCUGUCAAGGACAAUUCGUUCUUAGUUGUCACUGGUGAGACCGGUAGUGGGAAAACGACACAACUUCCACAGUAUUUGUAUCAAGCAGGAUUUUGUAGGGAUGGUAAAAUUGGCAUAACUCAGCCGCGGAGAGUGGCAGCCAUAACUGUGGCACAGAGGGUGUCCCAAGAGAUGCAGUGCAGUCUGGGUAAAGAAGUGGGAUACCAGGUGCGCUUUGACGACUGCACAUCACAGGACACGGUGGUGAAGUACAUGACGGAUGGCUGUAUGCUGAGGGAGAUUUUGGCAAAUCCCUGUAUGUCGCAGUACAGCGUGGUAAUACUGGAUGAAGCCCACGAGAGGAGUCUGAACACAGUCAGUACCAGUUACUGGUACAACCUUAUCCUGGGAAGCAAAAAUGAAUGUGCUGUCUUCCAAGACAUAUUGCUAGGUCUCUUGAGGAAGACCCUCUCCCACCCUGACAAGGCAUCCAGAGGGCGCUCCAUCCCCUUGAAGGUUGUAGUUAUGUCUGCCACCCUGGAGACAGAGAAGCUGUCUGACUUCCUGGGUCAGUGUCCUGUCUUCACCAUACCUGGCCGGACCUUCCCUGUCACCUCCAAGUUUGGUUGUGCCAUUGGACCGAAAGACUCUGAGAGCUCUGUCUAUGUGAAAGAGGUUGUAAAGGUGGCACUAGAUAUACACACCAGUGAGAUGGCUGGGGAUAUCCUUGUGUUUUUGACAGGGCAGUCUGAGAUUGAGAAGGCCUGUGACAUACUGUAUGAGAAGGCGGAGUCUAUAAAUUACCGUCACGAUGUGCAGGACCGCACAGUGGAGGGCCUGCUCAUCCUACCACUUUAUGGAUCCAUGCCUACUGAUCAACAAAGACAGAUAUUCCAGCCUCCCCCACCGGGUAUUAGAAAGUGUGUGGUGGCCACCAACAUUGCAGCAACGUCUCUCACCAUCAAUGGAAUAAAGUACAUUGUUGACAGCGGGUUUGUUAAACAACUCAAUCACAACUCCAGGGUUGGCAUGGAUAUUUUGGAAGUUGUGCCAAUUUCAAAGAGUGAAGCUGAACAGAGAGCAGGAAGAGCCGGGAGGACCUCUGCCGGGAAAUGCUUCCGGAUCUACACUAAGGAAUUCUGGGACAAGUGCAUGCUGGACUACACAGUUCCAGAGAUCCAAAGGACCAGUCUUACAGCUGUCAUCCUCACUCUCAAAUGCCUGGGAGUCCAUGAUGUUAUUAGGUUCCCUUUCUUGGACCGUCCAGAGGAGAGGUUUAUCCUGGAGGCGCUGAAACAGCUUUUCCAGUGUGAUGCAAUUGACAGGAGAGGUAAGGUGACUCGGUUGGGGGAGUUGAUGGUUGAGUUCCCCCUGCCCCCAGGUUUAACCCGUGCCUUGCUAAAAGCAGCCUCUCUUGGCUGCCAGGACCUCUUACUUCCUGUGGCCGCAAUGUUGUCUGUAGAGAACAUCUUCAUCCGGCCAGGUCACCCAGAGAAGCAGAAGGAGGCUGAUAAGAAGCACAGAAGGCUUGCAGCCAAGGCAGGCAGCUGUAACGAUUUCACCCUGCUACUCAGUGUGUUUGAGAAGUGUAAAUCCAGUGACAACCCCUCAGCCUGGUGCAAAGAUAACUGGAUCCACUGGAGGGCGCUCAAGUCGUCCUUCAGCAUAGAGACCCAGCUCAGGGAGAUCCUGCUUCGACUCCAACAGAAAAGCGAUUUCCCCAUGGAGACGUUUGAUGGUAAUAAGAGUGAGCUCUUCAGGCGAUGCCUCUGCACUGGUUAUUUCACCAAUGUUGCCAGAAGAUCUGUUGGGAAGGUAUUCUGCACCAUGGAUGGUCAUGGAUCCAUGGUCCACAUUCAUCCUGCGUCAUCUCUCUUCGACCAAGAGGAGAUGCUAGACUGGAUCAUCUUCCAUGAUGUUUUGGUCACUUCACGAAUCUACGUUAGAACGGUGUGCCCCAUCCGCUAUGAUUGGGUGAAAGACCUGCUGCCCAAACUGCAUGAGGUAGAUGUGUACGAGCUGAGCAGUGUUGCCAGAGAGGAGGUGACUGAAGAGGAGGUGGCCAAAUGGGAGACCAAAGAAGCUGCUAAAAGACACAUUGAGGUGUCUGUUGAGGAUACCUUGAAAAAACUGGAGAGACGUAAUGAUGAGGGCUCUGUAAGCGACGCCCGUGCACGGUACCUGCAGCGGAAACAAGAACGCCAGCAAAGCAAGGCACCAUGAGGAAGAAGAGGCCCAAACCCUGUCCUUCCCUCAGCUGGAAUGAGACCUAAUCAAAGAACAGUAGUAGAUUUAAAUCUCAGGGUUUACAACCUCUAAAACUGCACAGGGAGGUUCUAAAUGCAUGUGUAUGGAAAACAUUAGAAAUGUGAAUUUUUGUAUGUGUUAAAAAUAUGAUUUUGUUUUUGCUUUAAUAUUUUUAGAAGCUAGCCUACAGUGUCAAUAUAUGCCCAUGUCGGGGAAGUUACUCAAAAACCAGAAACAUGUAGGCCAACUAUCAUGAACCACUUACCAUAACACAUUGAGAUUAUUUUGUACAUCUGUGUCCAAAAUAAAUGAGUGAUAUUUUAAAAUACUA